AUGGUCCUGGAGGCGGAUGUCACUGUGGAAGGGUUCAACACCAUCAACGAGACAAAGAUCCCGAUCAUGGCACACCCCCCAGCCAUCUACAGUGAUAACACUCUGCAGCAGUGGCUGGAGGCUGUGCUCUCUUCUUCCCAGAAAGGCAUCAAAUUGGACUUCAAGAGCCUCAAGGCUGUGGGCCCCUCCUUGGACCUCCUGCAGCAGCUGACAAAAGAUGGGAAAAUCCAGAGGCCCGUGUGGAUCAACGCUGACAUCCUGAAGGGCCCCAACGUGCCCAUCUCAGUCCACGUUAAUGCCAAACAGUUCCUGGCCUUAGUCCAGGAGAAGUAUCCCGAGGCCACCCUGUCUCCAGGCUGGACUACCCUGUACGUAUCCCGGAAUAGAACAUACACCCAAGCCAUGGUGGAGAAGAUGCAGGAGCUGGUGGGACCGCUGGCCCAGAGGGUCACCUUCCCCGUCCGGGCAGCCAUGGUGCGGACAGCCUGGCCCCACUUCAGCUGGCUGCUGGGCCAGUCUGACAGAUACAGCCUGACGCUGUGGCAGGGCUCCAUGGACCCAGUGAGAGUGGACGACCUCCUCUACAUCCGCGACAACAGCGCCAUCCAUCAAAUCUACUACGAUCUCUUUGAGCCCGUCCUUUCGAAGUUCAAGAAGCUCGCCAUGAAUACCACACGGAGGCAAGUCUACUACACGGGGGGCAGCUUGGUCCCCCUUCUUCAGCCCCCCAGGGGUGAUGGUCUGAAUGUGGAGUGGCUGGCUCCUGACAUCCGAGGCAGUGGAAAAACAGCGACAGUUCAACUUCCAGGUCGAGAAGGCAUGAUCCUGCUGAACGUUGGCCUCCAGAAGUCCGCAGCUGGGGACCCUGUGCCCAUUGUCCACGCCCCGGGGGGCCCUGCCCUGACGCUGGAGUCAUGCCUGCUGCAGCUUCACGCUGACCCUGGCCGCUGGGGUGUGCAUCUGCACAUCGCAGAGCCCAUGGCGCUCCGGCCAGCCCUGGCCGUGCUGGCCCACCUCUCCACCCUCGGCCACCUGUCUCGGCCUGUGUGGGUCGGGGCCACCGUCUCCCAUGGGAGUUUUGUGGUCCCAGGCCAUGUGGCUGGCAGGGAGCUGCUUACAGCUGUGACUGAGGUUUUCCCCCAUGUCACACUGGCACCCAGCUGGCCCGAGGAGGUGCUGGGCAGUGGCUACAGGGAACAGCUGCUCACAGACAUGCUGGAGCUGUGCCAGGGCCUCCGCCAGCCUGUGUCCUUCCAGCUGCAGGCUGGGCCACUGGGCCAGAGUGAGGCUGGAGCCAUGGCCAGGCUGCUGGCAGCUUCCCCCCGGGCCACCAUCACGGUGGAGCACAGCCUGGCAAAGGGCAACUAUGGAUCCGUGCGGACAGCACUGCUGGCAGCCAGAGCUGAGGACAGGGCCCGAGUCUACUACAGGCUGCCCCAGGGGUUCCGCUCAGACUUGUUGGCAGAUACCAACAGACACUGACAGCCGGGUG